GUUUGGAAUGACAAAUGAUCGUUGCGCACACGGGUCUCACGUGAUUUUUGUUUGCACAUUCCUGAAACAAAUCCCUGAGUCCAGACUAGUCAUGUCUCAAAUCAAGUGACAAACAUCUCAAAUCCGCAGUUUCUUCAUCAUUAUCAACUCAAGCUACCAGCCUAAUGACUUCCAUGGCGCCAUUGGGGAACUGAGAAGUAUGUUAUCUCUGAAUUGAAACCAUCCCGUUUUGCCGCAACCCUUCUUUGGAUGGUAUUUCCGCGUUUCCCAAUUUGUUUUUUCCUUAGCGAUUUUUGGGCUUGGGGAGCUUGCCGAUUGGAUUUCAAGUUUCAACCCCUCAAAUUCCUUCGUAUGCUCAUGAUGAAGAAGUUUAGAAAGGAUCAAAUGAAGAACUGCUUUGAGCAGCAGGACUUUAGUUCAGUGGUGCAAGUUGAUGGUAAAAAUGACAGAAUCAGUAAUUUGCCCGACUGUGUUCUUCAGUACAUUCUUUCUUUUCUUACUACUAAGGAAGCUGUAGCAACGGGAGUAUUAUCAAGACGUUGGAAGCAUCUCUGGACUGGUGUUCCAAUAUUGGACUUUGAUGAUUCCUUGCUUUACUCUAGCCAACUUAACCUUUGGUACCCAUUGGAGGUCUCACUUUUCAUGAAUUUUGUGGAGAGGGUACUUCUACUUCGAGAUGCAUCAAGGAUUGAGAGGUUUCGACUCUCAUGUCGUGUUUGUUUUUCUCCUUCUCGUGUUCAUGCUUGGAUUUCUGCGGCUGUCAGGCAUAAAGUUGAAGAGCUUGAUCUCUGCCUUUUUGUGGAUGAUCCCUUUUCAUUACCCCACUGUAUACUCAAUUGCGGUUCACUUACGGUCUUGAAAUUAGAAAUGAACUGUGUCCUUCAGCUUCCAUGUAGCAUUUCCUUGCCUGGCCUGAAAAUCAUGCACUUGGGUCUUGUCACAUUCUCAGACGAUAAAUCAACUCAAAGGCUCUUAUCCUGCUGCCCAUUGCUUGAGGAAUUGGCAGUAUUAGAUUGUGAGUGGAUGAAUCUCAGAUGUAUCAGCAUUUCUAUUACCUCUUUAAAGAGGUUGAUAAUAGAUGAGCUACCGGACUUUGAUUCUAAUGGUAAUUCUCAGGGCUGUCAAAUUAAAAUUGAUGCAAGAAACCUCCUACUCCUGAAAUACAGUGGUUACCUAACGAAUGAAAUGCAUAUUUGUGAUGUUUCUUCGCUGGUCAAGGCAUCACUAAACAUUCCAAUGCUGUGCCAAACUGGAAAUCAGAUCCAGUUUUCUCGGUUCCUCAAUCUGGUUCACUCGGUGAAGCAUGUCAGGUCACUAAGUCUUACAAAUUUAACUUUGGAGGUAGAAUACUGAGAUUGUUCUCUGGUCUUUAUUUUCUAUGUUGUAUUUGAUGGAGUUUUUUGUUGUCUAUCAUUAUCCUUGCCUCACUGAAAUUAUCUAUAUUUCAUGAAGCCUCUGCUUCUUGUGGAAAAAAUGCCGAACCACCUUCCAGAUUUUCAUGAGUUGGCCAAUCUAGAGUUGAGCAGGCUACUCGGAUUUCAAGCUGUUGGAGCACUGAUAAAGUUUCUCGAAUUCUUGCCAAAGUUGGAGUAUCUUAAUAUUUCCAAGGCAAUGUUGUGCAAACCUAUAGGUCUCCAGUUCCAUUUUUUAUUUUUCAUUUAAUAACAGUAGUCUUUCAUGUGAAAUUCAGGGUCUUGAUCCUUCAAUACGCCUUGCCAAAGAGGAAUGGACACCAAAAUCAGCAUCAAGGGGUUUCUUGUCAAGGCUUAAGAUUGUGGAUGUCCAGAACUUUCAUGGGAAUGAUGCUGAAGUGCAUUUGCUACAAAUUCUGCUAGAAUGUGCAACUUUCUUGGAGAGGAUAAAUAUCUUUUGUUGCAAGGACUCCUUAGGAUGUUCAAACAACCAGGAAAAUAUGAGAAAUCAUUUGCAAUCACUUCCUAGAGUAUCUGAUUCUUGCGUCAUUGUCUUCUCCUGAGAUCCCGCAGGUGUGGAAUUUCUCCCCAUUUCUCUUUGAACGUGUUCUGAUCUUGAUGCAUAUUUUCAAGGAAGUUUAUUUUUACUGUGCAAGUGCAGGAGUUCGUUUUCUUUCCUUUUUGGUUUCAGUAUCUGAUUACUAGGACUGAGGUUAAGGUGUGUUAUAGGUCAUAAUUCUUUUGCAUUUUGCUCUACUCAAAGAUUAUUGUGAUUGUAAACCAAUCUUAUAUGACCGCAGGUUAGGUGUUGUUACUGCUCAUUUUGUCCUAUUUAUUGAAUUUGUGCAACUGACAGUGUAGCUCAUUUAAAAUAUUCUUUGGUUUUUUUUGAUGGUUCAUUUAUAUGUUAUGAAUAGGGACAUUUAUAGCUAGCCAGAUGCUUUCAUUCAUCUGAAUCUGAUGUCCGAUAGUUUCUCAUGCGCUUGUAUCAUAUGUUUUAUAUGGAAAUAUGGCCCAUCCAUGUCAUUGAUUUGAAGGGCUAGGCGACUGGAACAUUACUCUGUCUUCAAUUUUACUUCUCAACAGUGUGGUUGUUGUGGCACUUACUGUGAAACUUUUGUUGUUUAGGUUGUAGUUUCUUUAAUUAGCACAUUCUCCUGCCAGUUUAGGGCACUAGUUUGGACUAAACAUUGCAGCCGAGCUGAGCGUCCACGGUGCCAUCCUCGGUGGUCUGACAGAUCCGUGAUGAGAGCCUGUCAUAUGGGUACUUGUUUUUGCUUAACCUUCUUCUUUUGUGACUUCACAGGUCUCUCUGGUAACUAUUUCGGUCUCUGGUGGUAUAGUUAGGCAUCAUUUUGUAUAUGAUAUGAAAUAUUUUGGGUUCUGCAACUGCAAAACAGUCUGCAUAGUAAAAGCAUUUUGAGGGGUGGUUGUGUUGCUUGGUGGUUGAAAAAAGUACAGAUAUUCCAACCUUUGAUUGUACAGCACUAAACAUUUUCCCUCUUUUUGGUUCACCAUCAGAGAGAUGUAUACUUAAACAUGGUUCUGACUUCUGAGUUAAACUAGCUAAUGUAUUCUUGGAUGCAUUAUGGAUCCAUUUGCAGACAAUGUAUUAGAUACCGGUUGAGUAUUAAAAUUAAAAAAAGGAAUUGGAAACGAAAAGAAA